AGCCAAAAACCCGACCUCGCAACCGCCGCCCUGCUCCUCGUCAUCCUCUUCGUCUCGCUCAAGAUUCUUAACAUGCUCUUGCAAAGCGUCCUCUUCUGGAUGCGCAUGGCGCGGAAAGUGGUGUUUUGGGUGGGAUUGAUGGCCGUGUCGGUGUGGUUGUACAAUCGCGGGCCGGAGGGUGCGGUGGAGGAUGUGCAGUAUCUCGCGAAGACGUGGACGGGGGAGUAUCAGCAUUGGAAGGAGCAGGAGAGGGUGGCUAGGCUGGUGAAUCAGGGGCAGGGGAAGCAGGGGAGGUGA